AUGACUAAGACAUCUCUUCAUAUACCUGUUUUACUUGAACAUGUUUUGAAGAUUUUCUACCGUAAUGAAAGACAAAUUUUUUUGGACUUAACAUUCGGUGCUGGCGGACAUACAAAAGGGCUUUUAAAUCAAAAUGAAAAAUCUACUAUUUAUGCUCUUGAUCGUGAUCAAAAUGCAAUUGAAUUAGCUCAUAAUUUAGCUAAAGAAUAUCCAAAACGAUUAUUUCCUUUUCAUGGUCAAUUUAGUCAAUUAAAAACUAUAUUUAAAGAUAAAGAAAAUUAUUUUGAUGGAAUUCUAUUAGAUGCUGGUACAAGUUCAAUGCAAUUGAAUGAUCCUCAACGUGGUUUUAGUUUUCGGCAUGAUGGUCCAUUAGAUAUGAGAAUGAAUUUGAAAUCAAAAUCAGUCACUGCAUAUGAUCUUGUUAAUAAACUAGAUGAAACAGCAUUAAGUCGAAUUAUACGUUUAUAUGGUGAAGAUAAACGGCAUCGAAAAAUUGCUCGAUGUAUUUAUCAAUGGCGUAGUACAUUUGGACCAAUUUUAACAACAACACAAUUAGCGAAUGUUAUUAAAGUUGGUCUUGGUGGAAAUGCAUCAGAUGUUGAUAAACUGAAUCGUCCAAUUCAUCCAGCAACAAAAACAUUUCAAGCAUUAAGAAUUGUUGUUAAUGAUGAACUUAAUGAACUUUAUAAUGGACUUGAACAAGCUUAUACAUUACUCAAGCCAGGUGGUACAUUAUUAUGUAUUAGUUUUCAUUCAUUAGAAGAUCGUAUAAUGAAACGACAUUUUCAAGGUAUAGUUUUACAUCCUGAUGAAUUCUCUUCAAAUCUUGAUGAAACAUCAUUACGUAAUCAAGCUGAAAAACAAAUACGUUACAAUAUACAAACAAAACAUAUUAUACAAGCUGAUGAUAAUGAACUUGAUGAAAAUCCUAAAUCACGAUCAGCUAAAUUGAGAUACGGAAUAAAAUUGUGA